GCUGUUAAUUGCUGUUGAUUUUAUCUCGCAUGAAGAGAGUCGUCCUUAUUUCAGUGGCGGUUUCCUUGUCUGCCGCUCAGUUCCCUGAUGAGAAAAUUUGCGUAGAUAGCAAUGUUGGAAAAAUUGAAGCUGAAGAAAUAGUAUCUCUUUUGAAUAGCAACCGCUCGGCCAAUAACACGAAAGACAUAUCAUGGGAUUGCGACUUUGCAGACUUAGCUGCAAAUAUUCUCAAAUCGUGUCCAUCUAGUGAUGAAAAGCCUCUGAAUACCACAUAUCGUUAUCUUCAUCGCGUGGAUUAUGGUGAUUACGAAACCCUCAUGACAAUACUGCAAAGAAAUCUCGAUCUACAAAACUAUAACAUCGGGGACUAUCAAUCUUCUUACAGCGAUAGACUACGAUCAGCUGAACUUCUGAUGAGCCCAAAAGCUACGAAGAUAGGAUGCGACGUACGACGAUGCAGGGGCAAUGUAGAUGUGCUCUGCAUAACCGAUGAGCCGGCUCAUACUAUUGAAACUUCUACUACCACUACUACUACUACUACUACUACUACUACUACUACUAUUACUACUAAUACCAUGGUAACUGACACAUUUACGACAAAAGCAAUUCAGCGAACUGGUCUAGAGGUGGAGCCUAAUGCGUCUACGACUGCUACAUACUGCAGCGGUGGCUCCUUCACAGAAGACGAGAUCAACUGCCAAAUUCUUUCCAUCAUAAAUCACAAGCGCUUCGCCCUUGCCAGUGGGAUGCAAUGGAACGGGUGGUUCGCCGCAGUAAUGGCUGGAAGCAGUGCGGAGCGCUUACCACCAGCUAAAAACAUGAAUAAAUUGGUCAGUUUAUAA